CUAUUUUGAUGUUAAUGCAAAAAUAUCAAUAUAUUAGGUUACGAUACUUCUGAUUAAUGUAUUUUUGCGGUUUUCAUAACUUUACCAAAGACGUCUGAUUAUCGACCGACCUUCAACAAAAAUUGUAAAAGUUAAAGACUUGUUUCCAGACUAGAUCAUCAAUUUUAACAGAGAAGUAAGCUGACAAUUGAUUGGUCAGAUUAGUUGUCACAUGACUCAUCAAACAGAUGAUUGUAGAAAUGAUUUGUGGUAUCAUAACAUGUCGGUUAGAGGCAAUGCAAUAAAUUUCUCAAACGCCGAGAUGCAUAAGACAGCUUAUUAUAAUCAGCCACAAAAUUUUCCACAUUAUUUUCCUGGGGAUAAUGGAUAUGCAUACGAACCAUCGUUUGGACAUACUGCCCCAUCCCCAACCGGUGGGGAAUAUUAUCCACCCGGAUCGUGUGGAAUCCAAAAUGACUUUAUUCCGACAAGUGGAACUGAAUUCAAAAAUCCACCAUGCAAUGAGGAUUAUGGAAACUUAUAUUAUCAAAAUCAGAAUAUUCCACCAGGAAAUUCACCUGCGAACCAUUCCUCUUCAAAACCGGGCAAAAUAUUUCCUUGGAUGACAGAAAGCAGGCAAAAUUCUAAGCAACGCCAGAACCAUCAGCAACAGCAACAACAGCAGCAACCGACACCCUCACAACCUGCUCAAACCCAGCAGACGACUGCAUCAAACCAACAGACUAUGUCAGAGCCUACAAAACGAGCACGCACAGCUUACACAAGUGCCCAGCUUGUUGAACUGGAAAAGGAGUUCCAUUUUAACCGUUACUUAUGCCGUCCACGAAGGAUAGAAAUGGCUGCCUUGUUAAACUUGACCGAAAGACAAAUUAAGAUUUGGUUUCAAAAUAGACGAAUGAAAUUCAAAAAGGAACAGAGACAUAAAGGUUCUGAUAAAAAGGAUGGUAAUAUAUCAGGAUCAGAAAGUGAUAGUCAGGGAUCUAUGGGUCCAGAAGGAAUGGGGAGCGACUGUGGAGGAAAACUAACACCGGACAGUCUAUCACACAAUUCCGCACAAUUAACUAAUCUCGGCCCUCAACAGCGACCUCACGAAAGGUCACCACAAGGACCUAGUCCUCAAAUGAACUUGGAUCAAAUGAGAGGUCAUUUUAAUGAUAAUGAACAUCAUUUUCAGCAGUUUGGUCAAUCCAACACUCAUUCACCGACUAUGAAGCCAUCUUUGUCACCCGGAAUUAAUUCAAACUCAUCAAUGGCGACUUCACAUCCGUCACAAAUGUAUAUGACAAUGGGCGCACAACAACCUAAUCAUGGAGGUGGCUACAACGGUCAUUAUAUGAACAAUGGACAAUUAUAUCAUGAAAUGCCCAGUAUGGAUGACCCGUACGGACAGAUGUAUCCGUCCCAUAUUCCGUGUUCUAAUAGCAUAAACUCAUAUUCUCAGGGACAGUAUGAUUACGUACCUAAAUUAACUCAUCUAUAAAGAGUAACAGUAAUUGUUAUUACCCUGGAACGAGAAAUGAAACAGUGUAAUUUACGGGUAAAAGUGUAUUUUGACAAUAAUUGUUUUCUCAAGUGUGAAGAAUGGCUUUGAAUGUGUUUUUGUAAAAUUCUAUGAUAUAAUAAUCAACACUUACAUUUUCUACAUGAUGACAAAACUGAUUUAUAUUAUUUACAUUUGUCAAAUAGGUUUUUUUUCUGAAUGAGUCAGUCAGAAAAGAAAAGUCAACACUAGCGACAUUUAUUUAUCUGUUCUAGGAGAUGAUAAUGUCUUAAUUGCGUGCCCCCGGAAUCAGAUAAGUGGGUACAGUAAUUGAAACUGAAUAGAUUUGUAAUAUUUCAUGAAGACUUAUCUCAAAGAUUGGAAAAGAGUAAAUUGUUUUCUGUCUUCCUAAAGCAUUGUAAAUUAUUGUUUUCAUCGUGAUAUUUUUUAAUCAGUACCAUCUGACCAUUUGUUGCUUGUAAUGUUAGCUUAUUUUUCAAAAUUCUGACUUCAAAAUACAUUUAAGAUUUACAUAAAGCAAUGCAUGUGCCUUAUCUCGACAUUGUGGUGUCUAUGUAUUUGUUUUUCACCGUGUCUGUAAACACAAAAAUGCAAAACCGUUUUGUGAUCAUAGGUUUUCAUGCACCAUGCCUUUGAAAUUUAUCGCUUCGGAUCAUUUUUAACUACUAGUCAUAAUAACUUUUUUUUCACCUGGAAUUGACUUUGUUCGAUUAAUGUAUUGGCUUCAAUAACCAAUCGCCAUUAUCGACUGAAACCAAUUAAAGAGUUAUUUUAUGAUUUGGGAAUGGGUUGACAACCAUACAUCGAAUAAUCGGUUCUUAGCCAGUCUCAAAAAUAUACAUUUGUAAACGAAUGGGAAUUAAGCUUGACGUUCUCUGCAGGAUAUGUCACUUUCAUAGCGGGAUGUGUCAAUUUCAAGGUGAUUAUUGUGAUUGCUUGGUAAUCGAUUUCCAUAUUGUUUUUGAUUGAGAGAAUGUUUUCAGAAGACCCAGUAGGAGAAAACAUGAAAAGCUAAUUGAAACCAUCAACGCCAACCAAAUUAUAUUCACAUUUUAAAUUAGGUCACAGGUGAAUUGUACUUUUCAAAUAGUAAAUACAAUAUUCUGCUUUUGAAGUUCAAUAUUUUAUUGGACAUUUGUGUAAAAUAUAGAAUAAAUAGAUUUAUAUUUCCCUGUAAAAUUCACAACGGUUAAUCGAUAACAUAAUGUAUUUUUCCUCUAGUGGCUGUGCAUUCGAUUAUUGCCUUAAGUUGAAACUUAAUAUUUCAUUACAAAGGUGUGAAAAAUUUAACAUUAAUAAUUUUGUUAGGUUGGACAUAUUUGUAUAAAGACAUUUCAGAUCGUAUCGCAUGCGUUUUUGCCGAAGGAUGGUUGUAAAUUCCAUUAUUUUAUAAAUUUAAACUGAUAAUCUAAUGACCCAUUACCUUGGCGCGUGGAAUGACCAUUGUAUACCCAUGAGUGGUAAUUAGUGCUUAAUAUAUCCAAGAGCAAUUUAAAUCAGCAUUAAAUAAAAAUAUACAUCUGUCCAAUUUUGAAGUAUUUAUAAUGCAAUUGACGUAAAAGAAAGACAACUUCUAAAAUGUAGAACGCCAUUAUAUAACGCGUUGAAGAUCAAAGAAAAUGAUUCGAAUGUCGUUUGGAUUGACCAAUUAUUAUGCCAUCAAGCCAACUGUCUCUAUCCUGAUUCACGAAGCGUAUGAUUAAAGAGGAAACUGUUAUCGAAAUUCAAAAAUAAUAUUUUAAGACGGUAAUUUGACAAUUUAGUAAUUUUACUUAAACAAAUUAUUUUCAUCGUUAUUAUGAUCAAUAUAGUUAUCUGAAAUGUUUUUUUUUUAUAUAAAUGUCAAAACUUGAAAAAGACUAGAUAUGUAUUUCACUUUUUUCUUUCGAGAUGUUUAAAUAGUUUCAAGUAUAUAACUUGUAUCUAUAUAUCAUUGACCUUGGUGUACAAUGAUUUAUUUUAAAACAGACAAAAUAUCUUACGGAUGCCAAUUAUUUUAAAUUGGUACAAAUUAUCUUAAUGUUAAAACGGAACAUUGUUUAUCUCAAAUCUAGGUUACAAAAUAUCUUGACUGUACCUUCAAGAUUUUGGAUCAUGACCUGAAACGUCAUGUUACCAAUCAAAUCCGAGGUCAAAGGUCUUCGAGUUGUAGUUGGUGCACUAUGUCUGAUUGAAAUGCAGUUGUAUUCAAUUACAACAAUUGUUCAAAUUUUGAACUACAAAAUAGAUUUACAUAUCAUUUUAGUGCUUGUAUUUUAGUUUAACUUGAUAGCAGUUUUGUGAAACUGCGCCUUGAUGCCCGAACAUUUUAAUACAUUGUGAACUUUCAAAGAUUUUAUUCUACAUUGCUUUUUCCUGCUCAAAUAUAUUUAUUUUUGUAAAUUGUUGAAAUUUCUUCACCCUGAAGCUACAUAUAUUUAUAUGCCUGCGCCUCACAGUAGCUUGGGUAUUGUAGUCUGAUCUGUCACACCAAGAUUGUGUCACGAUUCUGAUGUCUUUCAUCAAAACAGUAUACAUGUAAACAUUUUAAAAAAUCAAUUAAAAUUUUAUUUGGCAACAGGCGGGGACAUUUGUGCAGUCCCGACUUUCCAUUUUUCGAGUUUUAAGAAAUAAAUGACUAUUUUCCUAUUUAUGCAAGUUUCCAAUCUUAACUGUUUUUGCACUUUUGAAUAAAUGUUUUUUCAAUAUUAUGUUUAAAUGAAUGGAUGCGAGUGUGAAAAAUGAUAAACCAACCUAUCUCUCCAGAAAAUUGCAAAAUGAAAAUUGAUUUAGAGAGAUCCCAGCGGACGAAUUAUCUUUUAAUGUAGAUGGCAUAAUUGUGUUUGCUUUAGUAUAACUGAAUGAACUUAUAUUAUUUUGGUUAAUCAGGGUAAUAACUUAUUUAAAGGGUAAAUUAUUUUUUCAUUGUGUUUAUUUAGGUUUUUUUCUCAAUUGAAGAUUUCAGUUAAAUGCAUUAUAUUUACAGCUGAGUCAUCAUUUGUGUACAUUGUAUCAUAUAUUGUCCCAAGAUCUUUAAUAACUUAAGAGAACUUGCUCAAAGUUCAUUGCAUGUAACAAUGGUUUUAUUAAAUGAUAAAAUACU